CGAUCAUCCCCGAGGCAUGACUCAGCUCUGACGCCGAAUCGAUUCGACCACAGCACCAAAAAGGUUCAUCUCUGCCUUCACACACACCAUCGGCAACGCGAUUCUUUACCCAUUAGGUUUACCUACACAAUGUCUUUGAGCAACAAACUUGGUAUUCAGGACGUGGACCUUUCCGGCAAGCGCGUCCUCAUUCGGGUUGACUUUAACGUUCCUUUUGCGAACGGCAAAAUCUCAAACAACCAGCGUAUUACAGCUGCUCUUCCAACAAUCAAAUAUGCCCUUGAAAAAGGCGCCAAGAGCGUCGUGCUUAUGAGCCACCUCGGUCGUCCUGAUGGAAAGGUUGUGGCCAAGUACUCUCUCAAGCCAGUUGCAGAAGAAGUGGGCAAGCUCCUCGGCAAACCCGUGACCUUCUUGGACGACUGUGUUGGACCAAAAGUCGAAGAACAUUGUGCUAAGGCAUCUAAUGGAGAGAUCAUUUUGUUGGAGAACUUGCGGUUCCACAUCGAGGAGGAAGGCUCCACAAAGGACGAGCAGGGCAACAAGAUCAAGGCCUCGAAAGAGGACGUUGAGAAAUUCCGCGCUUCGCUUUCCAAGCUUGGCGAUGUGUACAUCAAUGAUGCCUUUGGAACGGCUCACCGGGCGCAUAGCUCUAUGGUCGGCGUCAACCUCCCAGUGAAAGCCGCAGGUUUCCUCAUGAAAAAGGAGCUCGACUUCUUUGGCAAGGCCUUGGAAAACCCGGAACGCCCGUUCCUUGCUAUCCUCGGAGGUGCCAAGGUGACAGACAAGAUCCAGCUCAUCGACAAUCUUUUGGACAAGGUCAAUGCCUGUAUUAUCUGCGGCGGUAUGGCUUUCACCUUCCUGAAGACUUUGGAGAAUGUGGAGAUCGGAAACUCCUUGUUCGAUGAAGAGGGCGCCAAAAUCGUACAGAAGCUAGUCGAGAAAGCAAAGGCGAAGAACGUCAAACUCUACCUCCCAAAAGACUUUGUGACAGCUGACAAGUUUGACGCCAACGCCAACGUUGGUUACGCCACAAAAGAAGAGGGUAUCCCCAAGGGCUGGUUGGGUCUUGACUCUGGAAAGAAAACCAACGAAGAGUCCCGUCAGGCGGUCUUGGAAGCAAAGACUAUCCUCUGGAAUGGACCCGCAGGAGUUUUCGAGUUUGACAAGUUCGCGGAGGGAACCAACAGCUUGCUGGAGGCGUGCGCAGAGGCGACGAAGAAGGGAGCAACCUCGAUCGUUGGUGGCGGUGAUACGGCUACUGCUGUGGCUAAAGCCGGUCGGGAAGACGACUUCUCUCAUGUCAGUACUGGAGGGGGUGCUAGUUUGGAGCUGUUGGAAGGCAAGGACCUUCCAGGUGUCGCUGCACUCUCAUCGAAAUAAACUUUUCUCGAUACUUUGCCCAUGUAUUUCUACUCUGCCGUCUCUUAUAUCCAUCAGAUCAAGAAUAGAUGACCAUUUACCACCGCCA